GCGACUUCUCCCGCCUGGUAGACAGAAGAACACCACACCGUUCCUUUCCAAAACUAUCCUUCAAAAUGCAUCUCAUGUACACCCUCGGUCCCGACGGCAAACGCCAAUACACGCUCAAGAAAGUCGUCGAUAGCGUUGUCGCCAAGUCAGCGCAUCCGGCGCGGUUCAGUCCUGAUGAUAAAUACUCGAGGCACCGCGUCACGAUCAAGAGAAGAUAUAGUCUACUUUUGACUCAGCAGAGGAAUAAGCAUGUACUCGGCCAAUAGGCGAUGCUUCGGACGGCAUGAUGCGAAUGCUUGAAAAGUGUUUUGGCGAACCGGUGAAUCCUUUCAGGUAGCUACGGCUGCUAUUUGUGAGGGGCGGCUCAUUUUAGGGCUUUAUGGGAAUCUAGCGGCUGUAUUGUGACCAGCUACGGCUUAAACGAAAGAAUAAUAAUUUAAGCUGCACAUUGUG